AUGAACAAGAUAAGACUGAAAUAUUCACUUGACGGUUCCCCGACUGUACCAGCUGAGCUACACCAAACGCGUCUUCUCAAAGCCCUCACCCAUCUUAGGCUACGUACGCGAGAUGCCAUCGAACUGCUUGCAUUUGGCUACAUUAAACAGAACAAGAAGCCCACGGAGCUUAUAUCGGAAGAUCCUACCCAGGGUAAAGAGAAAGAAUCAACUAGCAUUCCAAGUAUAGCCCCAAAUGAGGCAGAGGAAGACGCAAUGGUUGAAAAGGCAUUGAGAAAGCUUGAAUCUGGCCCAUCUUUAAAGGGUCCCAGCCCCCAUAGUUUACUUGAUAUCCUGUGGCAGUCGCUUGCCCUGUAUAAGAGGAUUCUUGGCCCACAGUUGAUUCCAGCACCCUCUGACUCCUCGCCCGACACCUCUUCUGUGUCGUCAUACUUAUCUGACUCAGAUCGGAAUUGGCUGGCUAAGGACUGCGAAAGGCUGUCAAUGUUCGGCCCUUACUUCAAACAGUUUGGAGUUAAGGAAAAUGCGGAUAAUAGCAUUGGGGCCGAUAAUUUCACUGACCGGAGUCAAGACGUUUGA